AUGAGUAAUGAAAACGAUUCGAAAUGGUCAGCCAAAAUGUUAAUAACAUGGGCAAUUUUAAUUGAUAUUGGUCUACUUGGUUGUUUGUUCAUCAUGCCACUGCUCAGAUUGAUUCAAGAUCUAUUUCAAUUAAUCUAUCUUCUCAUUAUCAGCUGGUUUCACAGCAUGAGCACAAUCUUUCGGCGAUGGAAGAACCGCUUACGGUGUUCCGGGAAGCGGUCCAUCCAACACAGCCGGUCAUCAAUCUUCGCGGACACUGACUUGAAAACAGUCACAAUAACUAUGGAUAGAUUAGCGAAUGAAAACCACCUUUUAAAAGAACGUUUCGAUAAACUCGAUGAAAAGUAUCAACGAUGGAUCGGCGAUGAACAGAUUUACUUAUUGAAGCGUAUCGAACAAUUAGAAACUGAAAAUCGACAGCUGCAUCUUAACUAUCGAACCUAUCAGCUCAAAAGCGAGAAAUGCCUGCAAUCGGUUACUGAUCUAAUUAUCAAACUACUCUUUACUCAAGAGGAAUUAAAAAAACAAUGUACUGAUAUACACAAUGCAUUUGAUACAGUUCAGUUAAGAAAGAAAGUGCAACGGAAUGAAUCUAUUCCUCGGAAUGCACGUAGUAUUUCAUGUCAAUUUACCUCCAAUUCUUCGAAUCAACCAAAUCGUCAUACGACAAACGAUCAAUCCACAUGGUUCCAUCGAGACUUGAUGAUCGUUGAAAAAGAUGAUUUGAAGAUGAAGAUAGAUCAGCCAACGGGUAUGAAAUAA